AUGACCAUCACUGCCUCACCAGUCCGACUUCGACUCAACUCCGGCCCUCGCCUUCAAAUCGACGACGACUACUCCGAAAAAGUCCGCCGCUUUUCUUUAGUACUCGAUGAGGAAGUUCCGAAAAACUCGCCCAUCAAAAAGAUCAAGAAUAAGCUGAAGAAAAUGCUGAAGCUUCAGAAAAACUCGACCAACACACCAAAAUCGCUAUUCCUCGAAGAAAAAGACGACUCUGAUUCGGAAAAGAUCAACUUCAACAUUUCCGUCAUCCACAAUAGCUCUGGUAACUCCCUUGUCUUCUGGGAAGAAUCUUACAACCCACUUUAA